ACCACAGACUGGUGAGGGCACCAUGGAGGAUUUUAGUCCGAAGAGCCAAAACCUUGAAGAGAGACUGCAGUCCUUGGAGAAGCAGAUGUCCAACAUGUCCCCAGCAAGACCAGCAACAUCAGAGAAGGACGCUGAGAAUCCAUCACAGAAAGAUGAAGACUUGCAGAAACAAAACCUCAAGCUGGUCUCGGAGAACGUGGAGCUCCGCCUCCAACUUGAACAUGCCACCGUAGACCUGCCCAGAGUCUCGAAGAAGGUCACCUACCUGGAGGAGAGCUGCAAUGCUCUGAAAAGUGGAAAUGCUCAUCUCCAGACCAGACUCUCACACAUGUCAGGUGCCAGACCUGAAGCAGUCGAAUGGCGUACUCGUUCAAUGAAUUGAUGACCUCUGUGCUGCUGGGGUCCAGACCCUCAGGAAGGGCCAGAGGACGGAAGGGGACUCCGCUGCUGCCCGACUUCCUCAGGUGUUCCACUUCACU